UUUUACGCCUCGUGGUCUUCUUUUGUAUUAUUGUUUUUAAAUUUGUAAUUACUGCAACAUUUUAUGCACAUUAUUUAAGAUUUAAACGGAAGUAUCAAGAUGGGUGAUGAUUUGGACGAGCAUCACAUCGAGCAUAUACCGGAACAAAUCGUUGAAGAGUUUCGAGAAGCGUUCGGCCUAUUUGACCGAGACGGGGAUGGAACAAUAAGCGUUCAAGAGUUUGUCGAUACUCUCCGAUCUCUUGGCCAAGAGCCAUCACAGAUGGAGAUCGACGAAAUGAUUCAUAAAAUCGACAGAAACGGCGAUGGAGUAAUCGAUUUUGAAGAAUUUAAACGUCUUAUGUACCACAAAAUGAAACACACGGACGGAUCCGAAGAAAUAAAAGAUUUCUUCCUGGUAUUAGAUAGAGAUAGUUCAGGUUAUUUCACUGCAGAUGAUCUGUACAAGGUUAUCACUGGUGUUGGUGAAAUGAUAUCACUCGAGGAAACAAUUGAGCUUGUAGCCGCGACUGGGACAAAAGAUAAAGGACAAGUUAAUUAUGAAGAAUUUUGUGACCUGGUGAAAAUGAUUAUUACUAGAUGAGUGUCGAGCGGUGGGUGUGAUGGACAAUCUUAGAGAAGUGAUAAAUUUGCUUAAAUUUGUCUAGUUGUCUACCUUCUAUAAAACGAAUAGAAGUGCGCAAAAGGUAGGAGUAGGUCAUCCAGUCCACGCUUAUAUAUAUAUAUUUGACCGCAGAAUUGUAUGUUUUAUUUAUUUUAUGUAAAGUCAUAAGUACUUCGUUUGAUUGGAAUACAUGUAUUAUUUAUUUUAUUUCCUUGUUUCAAGAUAUGAAGGUAAUUCCAUCAAGAUUCAUACGAGCAUUUGUUGUAUAGAGUGUUUAAAGUCGCUCCAGUGAUCUUGAUGAGUGCCCCAUGGCCCUAACAUAGACAUUGAUACCAAGUUUGCUAUAUAGAAAACAUACUUUAAAAUAAGGAGGAAACGGGCUAAAUUUUGUCCCAUUUUAGAAUCAGAGCUUGCAUUUUCUUGCGCAAUUGUUAUAUUUUUAUACCAGCGGUACUUUGUCAAUCCAAACAUAAUUGUUAAUGAGUUGUGUUCGUCUUUGUUUACAUAUACCGCUUCCUCUAGAUUGUGUUUAAUAUGAAGAUUGUGUUUAAUAUGACUUUAUCAGGUAACUCCACAAGUUCUGACAUUACCAUUAAUAUUUCGACAAGUUAUUAAUUACUGUUAGUGCAAUUAAUAAUUGUUGAAAACAUUUUUUUGAAAUUAAGUUAUCACGAUCGAAUCCCUCAGCACGCUUACUCUUUUAUAUUCAUAUGUAAAUAGCAUAUCAAUUUUGCAAUAUCAAUACAAAACAUGGUUCAUCAUAUACAGAAGAAGAAAAAAAAUAUUAUCAAAUACCAUAUGACUUAAUGUUUUAACUAUGUUAAGCUUAUUUCUUGUCAUGCCUUGCCAUGUUAGAUAUUGAAUUGUUGUGUUUAAUUUUAAUAUAAAAGUUUGUGCGCAUAAAUAUUUUUCAAAGAGACAAACUUGUAUUUCAUGUUUGGUUGUUGUUGUUGUUUUUUGUUAUUUUUUUUCAUAAGCACGUGAAAUUAGGUUCUAAUUUUCUUGAUCAUUGCAAAUAAAGAUCAUUGAAGCC